CCCGAACGCAAGAAAGAAAAAGACAACGCGGGUCAUCAGACAAAGAGACUGGCCCCGACAGAGACAGUCAAUAUAUUCGGGCCUCGAAAUUAAUACGUUAGAAAAGAAUAAAAACAGGCCGUAAAGAGAGACCCCGACACCUCUGAAAAGAGAAGGCCUAGGCUCCUAGUAAUUUAAAAGAUAGACGGAGUUACGCGCGCGCCGAAGGAGCGACGAAGAACAGAGAUAAUAGGGAUGCACGACGGUCUAGUAGGCGAGGGAAGGGAAAAUGCAAGUGCAUGCAAGUGCCGAGUGGCGUCGCACUUGUUGCGUCACGAUGUGACGUUACUACAGUAGUGAUACAGACCACCAUUCAUACACAACACAUUACUGCAAUUUUCAAACGAGCGAACCGCGCCAACCUCAACCAACAUGUAAACGCAACGCAAGCAAAGUCGAACAAAAUUCACGAUGGUGAAAAAAUCACCCAGACCGCUGCCAUCUCGGAGUUGCUGAACUUAGACCCUUCAACCCCUUCAAGUAUUUCCGAAAAGUUUUUUUUAAGUGCGCGCGGACCUUAUUCAUUUUGACUCUUUCCAAUUACAAUUAUUAUCAAUCAAGUGUGCCGUGGAAAAAACAAAAUAACUUUUAGAAAUAAGUAUACGGACUUAACAACUACUUUAUAACUUAUUAAUUGGAACUUAGUAAAGAAUCCGUUAUUGUGCUAUUGGGACUUUAAUGACACAGUAGCUGGACUUUAAAUAAGUAAAGUGCGGACGCAUAAGAGAAAUAUCCAUGAUAAAAGUUUGGUGUAAUGAUUAAUGCGAAGCAAUGGGUAAUUGGAAAUUAUUAAGUUUUGUAGUUAGUGUAGCAAACUUAAUGCCGCUCGUAAAAAAUGGCGGAGUGUUCUUACGCGAGAUGUGUCCAGCAGCGAAGAAAUAUUAGAAGAGAACUCCAACGAUGGACCAAAAAUAUGGUUCAUAUUGUCGGGUUGGAACGCAUCGCUGAGGAGUUGAUGGGUCGAAGGAAAUGGAAAAUUUACCAAGAAUCCAUGUCAAGAAGUUAUUUGCAACCAUUGAACAACAACAUAAAACGUACAAACAACUCAUUUUCAGAAGAAGACUGCUUUCAACGUUCACAGAAGGAAAACAACCAGCCCAUUGGCAGUCCAAAAAGUGUUCGAAAACAGCCUACCGUAAAGGAGACCGAGGACGAGGAAGAGGGGUCAUCAGAAAAGGCACCGGCAGUGUCGCCGGAGGCCGAAAACGGCACCGCCGGCGCCCCCGAGAGCGACGCAGACGAGGCGCAGCUCGACUGGACGCCGCAGAGCAAGUGCGUCUUCUGCGCAGACGGAGACGGCAAGCUGGAUAGUGAUCACGUAGUGCAUCACGGGGAGUUGAGCCCCCGCCCAUCGGACUCGGACUCAUCGGACUGCGGUGGCCGUAGCGGUGACGAAGCCGACGGACGAUCUCACUCGUCGCCCACACCGCCGCCGCCGAGGUUGCCCGCCUCAUUGUCAAGUUUGCCGCCCAACAUGACGUCCGUUGACGUAGCGUUGGCAGUGGCGGCGCUAACAGGCGGUCCACCUCCUGGCGUUCCACCUGGUGCGCCACCAUUGCCUUUCUACGCGCCAAGUAUGCUCACGCAUAACGCAUGGUAUUUAGCCAACGUGGCGCGUCAAUUCCAAUCGACUAACGCUGCCCCAGUUAUCGCUGAAGCAGAUAAGAACAGUGGAGGUGUCGAGCAGCCUCUAGACCUCAGCAAAGGCUCCAGUAACGCUUCCAAUAGUUCUCCAGAACCCAAAGCGACCAUAGGCAACAAUGUGAGGCUGCCAACGUUGGAGACCAAGCAAAUAUUCAGUUCUGAUUUUAGAGCCAAGCCGAGGAUGUCAGCAGUGACAGGUCGUAGAACCUAUACAGAGGACGAGCUUCAGGCUGCUCUUAGAGAUAUCCAGUCUGGAAAAUUAGGUACAAGAAGAGCAGCUGUCAUUUACGGAAUUCCCCGGUCCACUUUACGGAACAAAGUGUAUAAAUUGGCACUAGAACGAGAGCGUGAGUCCCAUCUCAACAGUUCCACACCUCUUAGGCUGGAUGAAGAAGAAGCGUUGGAUGACGACAAAGAGUUGUCCGGUGCCGAGGAGGAAAAGGAGGUCGAGAAGGCUUUGCAAUCACCUCUUUUCCAGGCGCCUCUGCUUUCCAUGGCUGAUAUCCUCCGGUUCUCUGGUAUGGAACAUCCGCCCGAAGCAAUUAAGCUUUUCCUCCAGAAAGCAAAAGAAGGUCACGAAGCAGGAUCUACACCUUUGGAUCAGAGCGAGGUCAUCCAGUACCUCCAGGUUUAUUUGCAGGCUCUGAUUGCAUCCCAAAACAUCUUAGCCAACCAAAAACCUCCAGAUGGAUCAGUAUUAAAUACCAUCAUUCCUGAGUUAGCAAAAAGACUUAUUGUGGAAGAGCACCUGAAAAUGCAGAACAAUAAUGGUGAUAGCGAGAGACUGUCAAGGCCUAGUCCGUCAAAUUCAGUUAUAAUCAAGGUCGAGAAGCCAUCCGACGUAGACCCAGAACCAAUAGAAUCCCCCUCGAAUGUGAUACAUAAAAUUCCGUCCUAUAGGUCGGCGACAUCCGCAACAAUCAAUAACGGUUGCGAUAUAUUCAUCCGAAAUAACUCACUUGACUCACGUCUGGUGUCGCCACCAGUCACCAGCGAAUCAAACUCGCCACCCAUCCUUCCUGGAAAAGGUUUACACAUAAAAGACGUUAUCACGCAGAGCAUCACCCAAAAAUUCCAACAAGGCUUGGAUACACCAAUCAGACGACCUAUGGGCAUGGACCUAGAUUUCAAAAGGGGUGGUUUUACACCGCCUUCGAGUGGUAGUCUACCUUCGGUGAUCAAGAGCCAACAUGAGGCCAGUCGACAGUUUCAACAGCAGCAGCAACAGCAGCAUCAACAUCAUCAGCCACCAUCAGCUAAACCUCAGAAUCAAGGUAGUCAAGUUUCUGGAGGCAAAGGUACUAGACCAAAGCGUGGUAAAUAUCGAAAUUAUGACAGAGAUAGCUUAGUCGAAGCAGUUAGGGCUGUGCAACGUGGGGAAAUGUCCGUACAUCGUGCCGGUAGCUACUAUGGCGUUCCCCACUCUACUUUGGAAUACAAAGUUAAGGAACGGCAUUUGAUGCGACCCAGAAAGAGAGAUCCCAAACCUAAUCCCGUGGAUGAAAAAAUAGCUAGUCUUAAACAAAAUGACCUCAAAAUAGCACAGGAAAAACUUAAACAACAACAGCAACAACAACAGCAGCAACAACAAAAUGUGAUUAAACCUCCCCAGCAAAAGUUCCCACCUGCCUCACCCAACGGUAUCAAGCUGCCACUUUUCGAUGCCGGAGGAACUGGGCUUAGUCCUGCUGCAGCCGCUGGUUUGGCUGCUGGCAACUAUCCUCCUCCCUUUCCCUUCUGGCCACAUCCUGGUUUCUCUCCAAAUCCCAUGGAGUAUGCCGCAGCAGCUGCAGCUGCUAGUGCUAGAAAUUCGGCUGGACCAUUCUUAUCGCCCGAGUUCUUUGCAUCUCAGAUGAUGCAGAAGCUACAAGAGGGACGAGAAAGGUCGAUGGGGACACCGUCUCCUCAAGGAGGUGUCACCACGUUAGCAAAAAGCGCCAGGCAAAUGGCGGAGUCGUUGUUAGAUGGACCCAAUGGUUCAUUUUUGGACGGCAUAAUAAGGUCCAGCUUGGAAUCGGGCGUACCCACAGCAGACGAGAAAUCACCAAAAGAAGAAAAACAUACGGCACCUGAAAAUAUGUCGAAUAAAGCGCUGUUAGAUCAGCUAUGCAGAAAUAGUCGUCUAACACCGCUUUCCAAACCGAACUUAACAGACGCUAGUAGUUCAGGAGACGAAUCUUAUAGAAAAGAUUCAAGUCCUCUGAAUUUUUCAACCGGAAUCCACAACUCAAAUAAUCAUGAAGAUUCGAGACAGCGAGCCUCACCGCUUCACUCACACAGGGAUGCAAACUCGGAAGGUGCGCAUGCAGUCGAACUGUCAAAUGAUUCGACUGAUUCCAUGAUUACGCCUGAUAGGAAACGAAGUCGUGACGAAGACAGCACCGACACCGAGCGGAAACAUCCAAGGAUUUACUUAAAACAGGAUUUAGCCAAGCCGGAAAAUCUCAAACCCGAGAUGCUGGUGCGAUUUCGCGAACUCCUACCCGAUAGAAAUGGGUCAGGACUCGCAGCCGAGAGUACAGCAGGAAGCAGUGCCUCAGAUAACGACGCACCACAAGACUGACACCUACAUUUUAUAAGAGAGAGAAUUUUUUACUAAAACAAAAAACACAGUUCGCAGAGAUCGACCGCCCUCUUUCCAUAGAGGGCGCUCCUGACUUGGUUGUAAGUUUAUUAGAACAUAUGAGCUCGAUAUGACGUGUUUGUUGAUAUUUAUUGUUUUCUUUUUUUUUAGAACUUUUGUUUCCAUUGUAGAUUUGUCCCUGAUCGGUAAUUGUCGAAGCAGACUUAUCUAUACUUACUAGGUGUUUUUUGACUCUAAAAUAUAUACUCUUAAACAAAUUAAUAAGCGCAGGAAGACUGAUCAAAUGAAGUAAUUAAACAAACAAAAUAAUAAAUAAAUAUACUUUCAAUGACUUUAUAUUUUAUAAAUAAUUUUUGCCAAAAUAAAACGGAAUUGAAAUACUGAUUUUGAUAUUAAUAUAAAUUAGAUUGUAUGUAUAUUGAAAUUCUUUUUAAGGAAAUUUUUAUAAACAUAUUUGAUCGUUCUUCCAGUAAUAAGUAUUUAAUCAUUCGGUGUAUUUGGCAUAUGUAUAAAAAUUUAAAUGUAUCCUCUAUGUGUCUUGACGUGUCGCGUAUACCUCAAAAUGUAUUAAAAAAAGUUCACCCUUCCAUGUUCGCGUAAUAUAAAUUAUAUUGAGAGCUUCUUCGACAACUACCAGAUCACGUUAUUAAUACUAAAUAUAUCGAAAUCCUUUCUGGGUCGUAUCCCGCGAUUGAUUGAAUGAUAAUGAAAAAAAUUAUAUCUAUCUGUGAUUUAAUCAAAAUUUUUGAUGUAUAUUUUCUCUAAAAAUAUCUUAAAUAUUAUAUAAAAUUUAAACAACUAGCAGGUAGUUAACUGAUAUGAAAAAAAAAAUAUUUAAAUUUAAUAAUCCAGGACGUGUUCUACAAGAUCGAGAAUCUUUAAUUUUUAGGAAAUUUUAUUUUUAUUGUAAAUAUAAAUUUCUAAUGAAUGCCAUUAGAUCAUUAGAUAUUUUAUAUUUAUAGUUCCAAUACUAAACAAAUAAUAAUUAGAAAGGUAAUUAUGGUUCAUAAUAUUUCAACAAUAUUAUAUUGAAACAAUAUUUUUCAAAUUAAUAGGUAAAUUUGUGGAUUUCUUUCUUUAUAAAAGUCAAGGGUUUUUUGCAAAUAGGUUUUACUUUAUCUUUAGGGAUAAUUUUUGUGGGGAUUGAAUUCUCCCCUAAAAUGUCAUAACCACCUGUGUGAUGAAUCACUUUAUAGAUGUUUUUACUCUGAUUGAAUCAAGGGAAUUGGUAAACACAAUUACCUAACAUAACACUGAUUAUAAUGAGUCAAAAUUUCAAAAAUUAUUGACAAAUUAUUCUCUAUUUACCUGCUCAGGCAGCUUUGCCUCUUGAAUAAUCAUAAAACUAAUCAUUGUCAGCAAACCAAGUCAAUUUUUUUAAACUUUAACAUGUACAGGGUUAUUGGUUAUUAAUGUCACCCCCCUCUAUCUUUUUUAUUUGACAUUUUAGAAAGAAGUGUCCCGAAUAAAAGUUUUAUGGUUGAAAUUAAAUUUUUUGAAACACUCACUUUUGCAUAUACAGGGUGUUUCAGGAAAGCUGGUCGUGGUCCAACUUUCUCAUUUUAAAUGGAAUACCCUCUCUAUAAUAUUGAAUAUUCGGAAUCUACGUAAAAUUCUGAGCAGAUUUCAUGUGAUAUACUCAAUACCUUCAAGUUCAACUGUUUUGGAAAUAUUUACAGUUGAAAAUUGACUUUUUUGCAAAUUUGAGAGGCUAUAAAACCUAAACGGGUAAAGGACCCCGCAAUAUUUAAAUGGAAAUUGGUUACCCGUGAUAUUUGGAUGAAAUUUAAAUAUGUUAUUGGGGAUGCUGUAAGCAACAUUUUUUACCAUAGGCACAACCCUGUAUAUAUGACAGGUGAGGCGUGGUUAGCUGUCAAAUAUUGGAAUCUUAUAUCCAAAAGCAGAGUAACUAUGGCAGAUUUUGAUGAACAAAAAAUCUAUUUCUACUAAGUCGACCAAGUUAAUUCGAAAAAUGUCAACCAUUUUGACACCUGUCAAAACCCUACCAAACGGCAGCACUUAUCUUUUCCAGUUUUCAAUAUUUUAUGAUGUCAUCUGACAUUUUUAACUUGUAUGUAAAUUCUGAAUUCAAAAAUUGAAAAAAAAAUUACAGAACUCUCAAAACCUGUCAUUUGUUUUAGUAGAAAUAAAUACUCUAAUCUGGUUCUUUCUCGUUUUAAGGUAGUUUAUUGGUGAUAAAACAUUGAACAAAGUUCAUGCACGUCACAUUUUGACAGCGGUCUGAAUCUGUCAAUAGCUUUAAUUCAAAAAAGAAUCAAAUCUUGUUCUUUUCCAAUUUAUCAAAAAUGUCAAAAUUACAUCAUUGUAGAUUUCAUUUGUGAGUGUCAAAAUGUUUGAGUAUUUUCACGUAGAAUCGGAAUAUUAAAUAUUAUACAGGGUAUUCUAUUUGAAAUAAGAAAGUUGGAGCACCACCAGCUUUUCUGAAAGAUGCAAAAGUGAGUUUUCAAAAAAUUCAAUUUUAACCAUAAAACUUUUAUUUUAGAAUUUUUUUUCUAAAAUGUCAAAUAAAAAAGAAAGAGGGGGUGGUAUUUAUAACCAAUAACCCUGUACCUAGUUUUUUUGGUGAUUUUUGAAAAGAUUCUAGGGGCUCGUUUUAGUUAGGUUUAACUGCACGGUUUUAUAUUAACUCAAUAAUUUUUUGGGUACAUUUUUUCAGAACUGUUAAUUUCUAUGUAUUUUUCAUUAUCAACUGGCUGUUGAACACCCCUCUCACAAGACAGCAUAAUAAUAUUGUAACAAAUUCAUUUUUCACAGCAGACUUAUUCGAACACCAAGAAGCAUAAUUUAUGUACCUGUAUCAUUAUAAAUUAAUGAAAUUAUUUGAACAAAUAUUUUUUCACUUAGUUUUUUGUCCCAAGCUUUUCUCUCAUGUAUCUUCCGUGAACGUUACGCUAUUUUGUGUUAACAACUUCUUGAUAUUACAUCUACUUCUAGCACAUUAAUUUUCAUCUCUCUUAGGGAGUUUUUAUUGUUGAUACAUCUUUAGUUAUUACUAUAUUAUUCCCUCUAACUGUCUGUCACUUCUAGGCAGGAGAUUGCGAGUCUCCUGCAUAGCAUGAAGGAGAAAAAAUCCUGUGGUAGUCAUGAGAUUUUGACAGAGGUAGGUUCCUGUACCUUGAAUGCAUUGGCUAAGAUCACCGCCUCGUGGUCUUCUCUCGAGAAUGCCUCUGCAUUAGGGUGGUGAAUUGGAUAAAUCGGCAAAUUUCUGGUCUAUUGCCCUUGUGUCAACUCUGUCCAAAAUUAUCGAAAAGCUAGUUAAAGAAAAUAAUAAGGCAAUGGUAUCCGAUUGUCAUUUGCUGUAAACGCUUCAACUGUGUAUUGUUUCAGCCACUGUCAACUGUCAUUUUAGGUAGAUUCGAGUUAAUAAGUAACAACAAAAAGAGGCUUGAAGAGACAUUUCUUCGUCUCCAGUAAAUUCAGCAAUCAAUAAAGAUAUCUUUUCAAGUGAACUUGACUUGAAAAAUUUGACCCAAUUCUCUGAUGCAAAAGAAUAAAGUAAUCCAUCGUUUUAUCUUAUAUAGGUAUUGACCUUUGUAAUAUGUAUCAAAUUCAAAUCAAAAGUAUAUAUCAAAACUUAGAUAGAUAAUUUUUAUGUUAAAAUGUUGUUUUAAAUAUUAUGAAUCAAAAUAUGGUGAACAAUGAUCUCUGGACUGAUCUUCUUGGACACGCCCGUUAUAGGAAAACUAAUAAAAAGAUAAACCGCAUCUCCGUUGUCAGUUUUCCGAGUGAUAUUUUUAUUUUGUUGAUUUUUUUAAUUUUCAUAUAAACAAUGAAGUGCAAUUAGAUGGUAUAUACAUAAUACAUAUAUAUUUACAUCAAUAUUAACUAGUAUAUAAGAUAUAUUAAAAGUAUAUUAUAUAUAUUUGAAAAAAUGGAAGCUAUUUUGUUUGAGAGAUAAAAGAUUGACUCCAGGUAGAGUUUUAAAAAAAAGAUGCUUCUUCCCCCUUUCUUCAACAACCGUCAGAUGAUUACAACCAACCAUAAACCAAACCGAUACCGACAGUUAUGCGGAUUGCCAAGCGAAUUUGUCACAACAGAUAUACAGGGAGCCAAAAACGAAUUUAAUUUGACAACAAAAACAUUUAUUGAUAUGACAAAAACACAUUCCCAACUGAUUUUAUAUAUAUAAACUGUUUAGUAUGGCAGUUAUAUUUACUUUCUCCAUUCCUUGUAACUCACUUUAACUAGCAAUAAAAUGUUUAUUUGUGAGUUAAACAAUGGCAAACCGGUAGGUACCCAGUUUUUAUUGCUUAUCCAACUAUGAGUGUUCCGGUUUUCUUGCACCUCGUUAGUAGAUAUAGUUUUGGAUACACAAUGAAAACCAGAACCAGUUUAUCAGGUCAAUAAUUUUUGAAGUUUGUGAUCCCGACACUAUCUCUCAAUCAGCCUCCAACCACAGGUCGUUCGUUGCCAAAGAUUACACCAAGUCUGGUCACUAAAAACUAGGUAGGUACUGAUGCAAAUAUCAUGGUAGCAGUACACCUAGAACCAGACCUAGACUUGGUGCAAUGUUUGGCAUCGCAAGACCCGUUAGAUAUUCUCUUGUAUAUUUUUACUGAGAGGUAGCGUUCAGAAAAGCCAAAAAAGAGCACUAUAUUCGACUACAAUGUUUUAAAUCGGUUUUUAAGGAGAAAUUUGACAAUUGCAAAUUAAUUGGAAAGCUGAUUAAUUUUGGUUCAUUUAACACUGGGUAAUUAUUAUUAUGGGUGCAAUAAAAAUUUAAAAUAACUAUCUUCACACAUUGAAGCAUAAUAUCCAAAAAAAAUCAAAAAUAAUUUAUUUUAUUUUUAACUUGUGAAGCUCAUCUAAAAUAAAAAAAUAACAACAAAUUACAUGUGAUUUAACAAAAAAAACUUCUACUGCCAAAAUCCAAAUUUUAUUUACAUUUAUCAAAUUUUGGAUUUGUGUUAAAGUGUUUUUCAAAAAAUUUUCAAACCCAGGUAUUUAGUUUCGUUCGAGUAUAUGAAAUAUGAUGAUCUUUCCAAGUACAUGUAGCUCAUGCAUUUAUAAAUAGGCAUUAAAUUCACCUAAAUCAAUUGUUAAUUAUUUUUUGUCUUGACUUGUAUAUCUGUUGUGAGAAGAUCGAUUUAGCAUCCUCCAAACCAAACCAGAUUAACAGUAAAACUUACACAUAUUUAAGUUGGACCAAAUACUUGCUGUAUGAUGUAUAUAAAAAAUUGGUAUGCUUUUCAUACAUAUCUUUUGGCAGCUCAAUUUGGUUUUUUGAAGAAUCGGACAAACUGUGAAGUCGUAGUUUUUAGCAAGAUGGGGCCAGUGAGAUUUUUUUGAGGUCAAUUUUAUAUAUUGGUCAAGUAAAAGCGUACGUUUGGUCCAAAGUCAUGCAAUAAAACGUGAUGUAUAUGGGAACUGAUAUUAUAUGUCGUUUGGGCUAUUGUAAAAUAGUAAGAGAUGAGUUAUCACGAACAAAUCUAAAGCUCCAUCACAGAAAAUCAAAAUACGAUCUCGACAAAACCAAAUUGUGUUGUCAAACAUAAACAUUCCAACCAUAUAUGUGCCAGAUUUUUUAUUCACAAGAUUAGCAUUGAGAUAUUUAUUACAAAUAUAAUAAUACAAAAAUAAAAUAAAAGAUACACAUAUAUUAAAUUUGUGAUCAAUUGGGUACAGAAAACCCGCCAGUUGUCACGGAAUACAUUGUUUCACACACACAGAAAAAUGUAUUUCUAUUGAUUGGAGUCGUUUUGACUUCGCCGUUCAUAGUUCUAAGAUUUUAUAAGAAAAAAAAAAAGAAAACACUGUUUUUAAAUGUUUGUGUGUCUCACUUUUACGCUUGCGCUUGGUGGAACCGUUCAACAAAAACUGUUUUGGAUAUAUACUUUCACAAUUCAAUUAAAUACUUCGGCUAAAUAUUAUUGAAACUAUCUAAGUCAGUACGCUUGAGGGACGUUCCAGUGGGUUUUGAAGACCAUAGGAAAAAGAAUGGUGUAUUUCAAAAACGUUUUGUUAAAAAUAAGAAGAUAAAGCCGCACUGUUAACUUUGGAAAAAAUAUUUGAAAUUCAGCAAAAAUCAAUAAACGUUUACUAUUCAACAAGUCAGAUACAAAUCCUUAAAAAAAAAAGUCCCCUUGACAAAAUUUUGGACCUGUUGGCUCUCAUCGAAUAAGCUUGUUCUUUGUUUUUGACAAAUAUUGCGCCCAAUUUAACAGAAAUAAAAAAUCAGCCCAUCUGAUGAGAACUAACUAGUUGAAGUCCUACGAAAUUGGCAACUGGGCGUCCGAGGAGUGUAAGGCGAUCUAUGGAUUCCUGGAUACGCGGUAUUAGGCGAUUUAAUUUCGAACGUAAAACUGUAAAAACUUAUAAAGGAUAUGAAAAUAGGCAUUAAAGGUUCUCAGCUUCUCCACACCUUUGAAUUUCCUUAUAACAAAAAUUUUAUCAAGCAAAGAACUUUCCGUAUACCUACAGUUUUUAUUAGCUUAUAAUUUUUUAUUGUAAUUUUUCUACUUCAUAUGAAAUAGGUACAUAGUUGAAAACAGGGUUAGGCAGAAUGGAGUAUCCAUUUUAUAUGUGGUCGUAUACGGAACCUCAAAAAUCAAACCAACGAUCUCUAGGAAACAUGGCUAUUUUAUUUCUUGUAUAUUACAGUCAAGCGACCUCAAUCUAUAAAGCUGUAAUAUUUCAAUUUGUUUUAAUCAAUAUCAGUAUAUCGUUUCAAUAGUUCCAAAGUUUGAGGUCGAUUAUCAAACACUUUGCUCCUAUAACAAUAUCGCAAGCUGACACGCCCGAUAUCUGUGCUUGCAACGUCUUUCAGCAUUGAUUCAUACAAUGCGGGAUAUAGGACUCUUCCAUAUUUUCCCAUGUCUUUCGUGUGCAGUUUUCAUCCAUUUUCAUCAUGUGUGGUCUUCGUAUUCUUAUUCUUUUUAUUUUAUAAUUAUUUGCGUCUACCUGUCAGCACUUCGUAUCACCACAUGUUCCACCCAUUUCCACUUGCCACUUGCUUUUGAAUGUCUGUUAUUUUUCUUCUGUGUCCGAUAAUCUUAUUUCUAAUGAAGCCUAGCAUAAACCGUUCCAUAGAUCUUUGAGUGACCCCAUAGUUUUUCAGUGGUCUUUUUAGUCAGAGCCACGUUUUCCAGUCUGUAGGUCUGCACUGGAAAAACGGAGCUAUCAUAGACUUUGCGCUUAAAGCUAAGUAUUUUUACCUUUGGGAGUGUCGCUCAAUUUAUCAAUUUGUACCAAAGUAGAUCCAAGAUCGUUACUUGCGAUCGAGUUACGAUUUCCAAAUUACCAAAUAAUGUGACUAGGAAAUAUUUUCCUCAGAUUUGCCAAAGACUCCAAAUAUAGGAGCCAACCCCCCGAGUGUAUGAUGUGGCGCCUUCACAGCUUAUGGGAUAAGUGAAGGUUGAUAUGUCAUUUUGCAUAGCCCUGUUUCAGAAUGAUAAUUGGAAAUUUUGGAUGUGCAUACUAUCUAAUAAGAUAUUCAAGUAAAAAAAUUAUUGCAACAUUAAUAGUUCAUAAAAUCAUGUGCAUCGUACAUCAAUAAAUUGUGGAAAACUGAGAGAAGUUUAGAAAGUUUUCUGUUUCAACCCAAUAGGUGAGGGGAGUUCAUUGCUGAAAGAUUGAAUUUUUGUCUUGCCUUUCUAAUAGAAACAAAAACCGCUUCUGUAAUAAAUAAUAAAAAGGUAUCAUUGAUCAAUGUGAACAGGAAUAACUUUAAUAGUUUUUGAGUCAAGUUCGGGUCCACCAAAACAAAACCAUUUGGGCUUGUAGUAUACAGUGUACUAAAUUGCAAAUUGUAAACCGAUAAAAGCAAGUGUGUCACUAUUUUGUGCAAUUUUUUAUACCUAGUGUUACGUGUUACGAACUGUUUUUUCGUUUUAUUUUUUAUUGUCAUUGUGAUAAUUUGUUAUAACGACACCCACUGUUUUAAACACUUUUAUAUUAAUUUUCUUUUGAAUUUUUUUAGAUUUUUAUAGUCUAGAGGCUAGAUGACCAGAUGCAAUUUAAAGGUUUAGAUAAAAUUGAAAAUAUACGUAUUUUGUUAUUUUGUAUUACUUCAUACAAAAAAAAAAUAUAUUCAUGUAGCUUCUAGACUAAACCAAACGCGGUCCAAAGCGAUUGAAACUCCAACAAUGUAAAAGUAACCUUAAAAAGUAUACGCGUAUAAAAUAUUUUUAACAAAUCUACUUAUUGAAAGUCUUCUUAAAAAUUAAAUAUUUCCUCGAAAAUUAAUUUGUGUUCUUAGGAAUAUAAUUUAUAUAUAAAGAAAAAUUAUUUUUUAAAGCUGUAAAUUUUAUUACAUUAUGAGUAAUAUUAUUAUGCCUUUUUACGAAAGGGAUUUGAGAUUUUUCGGUAUAGGUCAUUUUUUUAAAUACUUAUAAUCGUGUAUUAGUGCUUUAUAAAAAUCCGAAAUUGAUUUCAAACUAAUUGAAGACAUUUUUUGAUAUGCGCGUUGAAAGAUAAUAUUUAUGUAGUUUUAAGAAUAUUUUAAAAGUUUUUCUACAUUGAUAGAUGUAUUUUUAACUAUUGUUUAAUUUUAAUAAUCGAUGUGAAUUUUUUUUAAUGAAAUUUAAAGAUACAAAAAAAAGUUUUAAUAAAAUGAACUAUGCGGAUCAUUGAUAAUAUAAAUAAUUAAGUUUUCUAUCCUUAGGUUGAUCUAUGUGCACCCUAAAGUGUCAGUAUUUUCAUUUAUAUUAAAAAAUAAACAUAAUGGACCAAGGUCUUUUUUUUUGUUAUAAGUUUAAGUUUAUCAUUCCACAAUAGUUUUUUUCACGAAUACGACUUUAUAGUUUUCCUACAUAUUUUUUUACAUACACAUAAUUUUAAUGAUUUUUUAUAUAACAAUGUAUUUGUUAAAUAAUUUUAGUUUUCGCUAGAGUAGGUGAAUUUAUUAAUACUUAAGUUUUGCUUUAAUAUCGUGUAAAUAGUACUUUUUAGCACACUAUGAAUAUUUCAUUAUUUGUGUGCCUGCUGAACUACAGACAAACUGUCGUUAAUAAUGUUUAUUUCCAAUAUUUUCGGUUUGUUCUUUGGCAAGUUUGGGGUCAGAUUAUUAUUUUUGAAUUUGUAUCGAUGAAUAUACUGUAAAAAUCCACAUUAAAAUAUACUCACAUAAAUAUACAAUAUUUUUAUUAGUUCAAAUAAAGUAUGUACUUCAAAAAUCCAUAUUUUUAGUGCAGGUUUUCUACAAUUAUUAAUCAUCGUACCUCCAACUAGCCAUUGAAAUUCAACAGAAGGUAAAACCAAAUUUAAUUUACAGCAACCAUAUAUAUAACAAUAGUAUCCACAAUACAAUUCCCACAUUUAACCACUUUGAUGAAGAGAAACCAUAUUUUUUUAAUUGAAAAAUCAAGAGGCGAAUGUGACUUUACGUUUUAUUUUAUGUUGCGAUUUCUUGUGUAGAUUCUUCAUUGUUUUAUUAUUUCUAUCAUAGUUCAAAGUUGAUCAAUGUGUUGUUUUUUUUUGUUACUAAUAUUGUAUUGUGCUCCAACAAAUUUGGUGGAAAUUUCUAAUUUUUGUUAAUAGUUCAGGAAUACUCUUCUGAUCAGUGCAAAAUUGCGUCGUUGUCCAAACCAUCUCAAUAAAUGCGUUGCUCCUAAUAUCCAGAUACCACUGGGUUUGAGAAAAAAAUAAAUUAAAUAAUUUUUAUGGAAAGUAAAACUUAAUAUUCGGUUUCUUGUUUCUUAACAAAAUUCAUAUAUUAAACUGGUUUCGAUGGAUAUUGUAAAAAAAGCAAAAUUGUUUUUCUACCAAAAAGGUCUAAAAUAUACUUUACGAUAAGCACAUAGCUUCGGAAAUAUUUAAUCAAGUUAGCAAAGAUCAUUAUCUCCGCAAAUGCGAUUAUGCCUUCAGGAUGCUUUUCUGAACUAUUUCCAAAAAAAUCGACAACGAAUCGACGCGUUGGUUUGCAAAUUUCAAUAUAUCUACUCAAUUAUCUAAUAAAAAUUUAAAUAAUAUUUCCACCAAUUUGUAACUUUUUCUUUUGAGUCUAAACCGUUUUCUUUAAUCGCACAUAAGUUAUACAUAAAAUGGAACAUUUGCCACUACUGUGUAAAGCAAUUUUUUAAUAAUAAUUACUUCACGCCCGUCAAAGACCUUUUUUACUAAUCCGAUAUUCGUAUCAUCUUCUUUGUAGAACGUUCAUAUACAGAGUGUAUACUUAAAUAGCCGGUAGUAUCUAUAUGUCAUACUUUUUGACACUUACAGUACAAGGUUAGGUUUAAUACCCACUAGAGUUUUUUGUACAUGAAACACUAAUACGGUGGCGGCACUUAACUAAUCGUAGUGUUUAGGAAUACUUUUAGUACGUAAAUAGUAAUGUAGCGCUUACAUUUAGGGUUUCCCCAUUUUUGUCUCUUCAUCAUUGUGGUAGCAGCAUUAUACAAGUUCAAACCAGGAUGACACCGGUUAAUAUUUAACAAAUGGCAUAUUUCGAAAAUUAUAUAACAAUAUGUUAUUAAUUUUUAACAGAUUAUUUCGAUUUUUAAUUACAUUCCAAAUUAGUUUGAAUUUAACUUAUUCAAUUAUAAAUACCUUGAAUGUUUGAAAAAAAAAACAUCUGAGUAGUGCUCGAACUUUAAAAGAAACUGUAGCACAGAAAGCAGCCUUGUUGGAGUAAAAUAAUAUUUUACUUUAACAGUCCUGCCUGAAAAUGUAUUUUCAAUAAAUUUUUAAAUGACUCAAAUGAAGAUCAAGCAGAACUUCUUCACCAAGUGUCUUUUCAAUUUGGUAGCACUCUAAUUUUGUAAUAUUUUUGUACCUGUUUUUUGGUGGUGCGCUGGAAUCAAAAAUAUUUUUAUUAACUUUUGAUUAGGGAAGGUAGAAACAUAUUACUUAUUAAAACAAAAAAAAAAACUAUUAGAGAAAAUACAAAAUGUGAUUGGUAGUAGAGAAAAUUGUCAAAGACUGAAAAAUCGUAGAGGUACGCGAAAAGUAGAAGGAAUUUUAUACAUUCUCGUUUUUUAGUGAAAUUUAGUCGUUUUAAAAUAUGCCAUACCCUCGGAUUUAUAAAAAAAAUACACACCCACUUUUUGCAGUUGAAUACAGAUAUAAACUGGGACCAAAAUAUAAUAUGUACUACUUUGUCAUAUCCAAAAUAUCAAAACAAUAUCAGAUAAAAAGAAAAGGUAUUUUUCAAAUUACAACAAAUUCCGUUUGUUUAUACAAUAUAAUAAGUAUACCCAAAAAAAGAAAACUAAAUGUACAGAUUUAAAUUUAUUAUUCAAUUUUUUGACAAUAUGUUAUUUACUAGACAAGAAAUUAUUAUGCCAAAAUCAAUUUUAUGAUUUUUGUGUAAUUUACUUAUAUUUCAUACUAAAUUGUGACUAUAAAUGCCUUUUAGCGUGAAUAUUAUUAUAAUAUUUUAUGAUACAGAGAAUCAAAAAGAUUUUUUUGUUAAUACAGAGUAAACUACAGAAAAUGAUUAACACAUCAAGUAACCAUUAUUAUAAUAACCUGCUGCAUCAAACCUCUGCAUUACAUUCCGAGUUUACACCAUGAUAUAAAAACAUACCGAUGUCACAAGCACCUCUAACUAAACUAGUUUUCAAGUUGGUCAGGGAAUAUUGGGAUGAAAUUUAUAAAGGCUAUAGAUAAAUAUAUUAGUAUCUACCAGUGUUUUCUCAAGGACGAAUUAAGAAGGUUUUGCUACACAUAAUGUGCAUUAUGUACUAUUUGUAUUCUUUUUAAGAUUUGUCCUCUUUAUUUCCUGAGACAAUGCCAUAUGGUUUUGAAAAUAGUCUAGUUACAGGUAUUUUGUAAGUCAAACCAUUAAAUGUGUUCUUAAAUUUUAAGAAAAAACAGACGGUUUGAUGGAUGCAAUCGAUUGCUGGAAAAGCAUAAUUGAAAUUCUGUCUUAUCCAAAAAACCUUUUUGAAUAUCAAAUAUCAGCGAGUUGUAUAUUAUCAUAUAAAGGAAAAAAGCAGAACAGCCCUAAUUGUAUUUUUAUCUUUAGAUGUUCACCCUUUAUAACAUUAUACCAGCAUUGUUUUUGGACUGGCGGUCCUGUAUUUUUCCUGAAGAAUAAAGAAUACAACAAUUCUUGUUCAUAAAUAUCACUGUGACUCGUAAAUGAUAAUGUUUUAUUAUUAAAAAAAAGUUAGUGUUUGAACAAUUAUUAUUGCUUUGUGGGAAAUUGUUAUUUUCAGAAAAUAUUUUAAAACCACAAAAAUAAAAAUAUACCGAUACACAUUGUAUAUUUAUAAUGUAAUUCUGAAGUAUACCAUCAGUAUUUAUUAUACUGUGGACUACAUUACAAUGUUUAUAAGCGUUUUAUUUUU